GAAGGAUUUAAUUAAGUUUUAUGGUCAGGAAAGGUUAGUCUCAAGUGAACCUAAUGAGAAGGAUAUAACAGUUGGUUCGAGUUAGAAUGAGUCAAGUUUAGGCAUAGUUUCGAAGCAUUGGGUAUUGAAUUGUGUGGGUUCGGAUUUCAACUGUGCCGUUACGUUGUGAUGUGUGUAUGUGAACAAUUCAGUUGACGUAAGUGUGUUUACCAGAUGGAAAUAAACUAAAAUCCACCUUUGGUUAGUGCUGUGAUAAAUUAAUUGGAGUGCAAUCACUAUUAUGCGUAUUUCGCUUGGGCUCAUCUGGUUGUUUGAUUAAUAUCAUUACGUCCGUUUACUUCCCAAGCUUACAAUAAUGCUGAAUUAAAUCUCAGUAAUUCUGAAAUAAUUCUUGCAUCCUAUAAUCAAUAUGGAGUGUAUAAAUUCAAGCAACAUGGAAAUUUGUAAUGAUCAAUCAGUGAAUCCCUCUAAAACUUCAGAAUGUAAUAGCAAAGUAUCUAAACAAAGAAAGGCGUGCAAAAAUACCAAACAUUCUUGCAAACACGAACAUGACAAGUGUUCGAAGAAUUCCUGUAAUCCUGAUGUUUUACGAAAUCUUUCAACUGUAAUUCAGAAUUGGAAACUAGGUGAUAAAGCCCCAUCAUACAAAUCAACAUCAACAGUUCUUAAAAAUAUUGAGAAACGUAUCAUUUACGGAAGUGUUGAAAAAAUUCCUCUUGAUUGUCAAGCUGCUGGUGGUGGACUAGCUUAUCCGAAGGAGUCAAAGUUCAUCUUCCAUUAUCAGAUCCGCAAACUUGAUGACGAUCAUACUGUUAUUGAUGAUACGCGUAAAUAUGGAAAAACAAUGGAGAUGUAUUCGGGGAAAGAAUUCCAGUUGGAGUUUUGGGAACAUUGUUUAGGCACUAUGCUACCUGGUGAAGUGUCAUCUUUCAUAGUGCCUGCAGAAAGACUUGCUUCAUUUCCAGCUGUCAAUAAAAAACUACGUGAUUAUAUGUUAGACAAGAAGGAUCAUGCUGUAAAACACUGCUGUGGAUUAAUGAGUUUACAAGAACAAGGCGGUUUAGGCUAUCCAGAUCUUGAUGAGUUAAUGAUGAAACCAGAAUCUCUUGAAUUUAUUUUCGAUCUGAUCAAAGUUGAAAUUCCGGGAACUAAUCGUAAAGAAACAUGGAUAAUGACACCUGAAGAAAAAAUUGCAAUGAUACCAGUUUUACGUGAAGAAGGCAAUAAAUUCUAUGGUCAUGGUGAAUAUAAUCAAGCCGCUGCACGUUAUAGUGAAGCGUUAGGCAUUUUAGAACAAUUAGUUUUACGUGAAAAACCCGGAGAACCAGAAUGGAUUGAAUUAGAUAAAUCCCGUAUACCAUUAUUUGUAAAUCUUGCACAGUGUCAAUUCAAAAUGAAAGAUUAUUAUGCUGCAAUACGUAAUACCACUGAAGCGUUAUCUCGAGAUCCGACAAAUAUGAAAGCACUUUAUCGUAGGUCGAAAGCGUAUACAGAGACAUGGGAUUUAGACUUGGCAGCUGAUGACCUACGGAAAUUGGCCAGUUGUUAUCCUGAUAUGAAGAAUACAGUUGAUAGAGAUUUAAAACUGUUAGAAGCAAAACGUGUUGAUCAGGAGAUGAAAGAAAGACAAAAACUUGCUGGGAAACUGUUAGCUGGUUUGAAAUCAGACACAAAUUAA